GACGAGUGAUCUUAAAUCCAAACAAUUCCAUCAGCUGAUGAUGUGGACUUCGUUUAAAACGUUGUGAAACUACGGACCGGCUCGCUCACGGAGACAAGUGAACCUGUUCUCUCGGUCUCUGAACCAGCGCAACCUGAGUGAUCGCAGUUCACCCCACGGAUCCUGAAUCCCCGACCUGUCCCCCGCUGUCAGCGAGUCGGAUAAACCGACGGCUGGGCUCCGUCGGAAACGAGCGGCCGCUCAGAAUUCCAUCACUUCCACAAUUCAGGGAUUUUCCUCGUGGCGAAGGACACUACUGUUGCUCACGUCUCCGGAGUCAAAGUGAAGUUCCGGAUACAUUCUGUGCAUCCCUUCGACCAAAAUGAGUGUGAAUGACCGUUUCAAAGCUGCCGUGGAGAUUAUACGGAGUCUCCCGAAAAACGGCAGCUUCCAGCCCCCGUACUCGAUGCAACUGACGUUCUACUCGUACUACAAGCAGGCGACGACAGGUCCCUGUCAAGGAGCGAGACCCGCUUUCUGGGACAUCGUGGGUCGGGCUAAAUACGAUGCAUGGCAAAAGCUCGGUGCAAUGGAGAAAGAAACCGCCAUGCAGCAAUACGUCUCGGAAUUCGUGGACACCAUCAAGCAACUGCAAGCGAACGCGACUCCUGCCGAAGUUCAGGAAGCGCUGUCGUAUGCCGAACCCAAACACAUUGGCCUCUUCAAGCCAUUGUUCGAAAGCGAUAACUCCAUCAACUACGAUAAUGUUCCGGCCGAAUUCCGAGACAACAAUCGGGGAAGUCCUUCGGAUGACGAUAUCGAGAAGAUCGACGGUCACGAAUCCGACGAAGAGUAUUCGGACACGUUUAAUAAUAUCGAGGCCGAACGCAACAGCCCAGAACAAGCGGACAUUGUAAACAGCCGAUCUGUGAUCUACAAAAACUCGAGGAACAAUGCUGUCGGCGCGGCCGGACGCGACGACAGCCACAUCAUCAAAGCUGGAGGUGGCGAUCCAAGAGAAGCAGGGCCGCCGCCCCCCUCUGGAUAUUACGUGUCGUCGGGCAGAGAUCAAGCUUCACAUUCAAACCGAGGCCCGUGGCCGGGGGAAUUCUGUGCUCAUGGGGCCGCUUCGCGAGCGUCGGGAGGAGGUCGUAAUCCCAAUCAUCCUGUAGGUUACGUCCAGCCGGUGGAUAAUCUAUCGUACGCCGUCGUGCGACUGCAGUAUACGAUGGACGAGGUUGUCAGGCGUCUGGAUAACUUGGAACGGACCCUCCACGAACAGCGCUCGGGACGGUGGAGUUUCUUCGGGGGGAUACAGCCGCAUGUUAUGGCCGCGAUUUUGGGAUGGCCGCUGCUCCUCCAAUUGAUUCUUUAUUUCGUCCGAAGACGCAGGGUCAGGGUUCAGCUGCGGCUGAAGUGAGGCUGUCGACAUCGAUGGCUUCUAGCAAGCGACGACGCGAAUUCUCAAGGCUGACUUUGUGCCACGCAGCGGUCCGAUGUGGAUUUCGUAGUAUGUACCUGAUUGUUCUUUACGAAAACUUUUUCCUAUUAUCGCUCACAUGACAGUAUUCCCCCGUUGAGCAUACAUCACACGUCGUUGAGAAUGAGGAUCAAGGACGAAGCCGGCAAGGAACGGAGGUGAAAUAAAAAUAUUCAC